ACAUUCUGGUAUCACUUCUUAUCCAGAGUGUUCUAAAGAAGGAGAAGACACGCCCAGAGCUGAUAUACAGCUCAUUCCUCUUGCACCGGGUCAAAGUCUAACAGCAGCUAACAAAAGACUACACCGGAUCUCAACUCCAGCGAUCUCACUUCAAAACGAGGACCAAAAACAAACCAAAAAAAGAAAAGAAAAAAACUUCUUAUUUUGCUAACAGAUGGAUUCCCUGCUCAGAUGCAGCCUUUUCUUUCUGCUGAUAUACUUCCUCACUCUUGUUCCUGUGACGGUGAAAGGACAUGGUAAAGUACUGAGGAGGCAGAAAAGAGAAUGGAUCCUAGCUCCCAGAAACCUUACCGAGGGACAGGACUACACCACUUACGACCACAUUGCUAAGAUUCGCUCAGACAAGGAGACACAUCAGCAGAUAACAUACUCUUUAACUGGUCCUGGUGUAAAUGAAUACCCACAGGGCAGAUUUUCUGUUGACCAGCGUACUGGCUUUGUUAGGGUCCACUCCAUUCUGGACCGAGAGGAAAUUGCACAGUAUCGUCUUCUUGGUGUGGCAAAAUACCAAGAUGGGACUCGUGCUGAGAACGACAUUACUCUCGUUAUUAAUGUUGUGGACCGUAAUGACUGCACUCCUGUCAUAAAGAUGGACCAAGUUGGACAAGUCAGCGAACACAGCAAACUCGGUACUGUUGUCAUGAAAGUGAUAGCAACGGAUGAUGAUGAUCCGGCCACUAGCCAUGCCAGGAUCUUCUACAGAAUAGAUGAGAGCACUAAUGCUGCCGGGAUGUUCUCCAUCAACUCCCGAACAGGAGAGGUCAUUGUUGCAAAGACCACUCUAGACAGAGAGACCAAAAGCAUACAUAAGUUGACCAUCCUGGCUUCUGACAUGGAAGGCAGAGCAGGAGGAUACACAGGGACUGGUGAAAUUGAGAUUCAACUCACAGACAUAAAUGACAAUAUACCAACACUGGCACAAGAAACGUAUGAAGGUCGAGUGGAGGAGAACACAAUCGGUAUUGAAGUUCUAAGGAUACAAGCAGUUGACCUGGAUCUGGUCCAAACAGACAACUGGUGUGCUUUGUAUGAAAUUGUUUCCGGAAAUGAGGGAGGUUACUUUGAAAUCACAACUGACAAAAAGACCAACGAGGGAGUCAUCAAAAUCAUUAAGGCUUUGGACUACGAGGAAAUAAAGACGUUAAGUCUCGGAAUCAGGGUCAAAAAUGUUGCAGAGUACAACUUCGGCAGCAGCACGGUGGUUUCAGGCGCUUCAUCAUCCAAGUCGUAUCCCAUCAAAAUCAAUGUUGUCAAUCAGAAAGAGGGGGCUCGAUUCCAGCCCACUGUAAAAGUGGUGACCGUCUCUGAGGAAAUAACUACCACGUCCCUGACCCAAGUUAUAGCAACGUACGCUGCUAUUGACAGUGACACGCUGAAGACUGCCACAAACGUGAGGUAUGCAAAGUUGUAUGAUGCGGACAACUGGUUUUCCAUUGAUGAGAAAACUGCAGAAAUCAGGUUGAAUAAAUAUCCUGACCGAGAGUCAAUCUAUUUGGUCAAUGGAACAUACUAUGCCAAAAUUAUUUGCAUAUCUGACGACAUCCCUGCAAAAACUGCAACAGGAACCAUUGCCAUUCAGGUGGAGGACCACAACGACCAUUGUCCACAACUGACCUCAACAGCUCAAACCGCGUGCUAUGGUGAAAAUGCAAUCUAUGUCACGGCAAAGGACGAAGAUAUGUACCCCAAUGGACAACCAUUUACAUUUAAUGUGAUUGAUGACAACAAAGGCAAAUGGACUUUAGAGCCCUUUAAUGAAACCACGGUUAUUCUUCGAAACCAGGGAAAGCUGUGGCCUGGCAACUACAAAGUGACCCUGAAUGUCAAGGACCAGCAAGGGAAGUCGUGCAAUGAUCUCCAGCAACUCGACAUAACUGUGUGCACAUGUGAGGGAAACACCAAGGCCUGCAAUUUACGCAGCAAAAGCAAUGUAAAAUUUGGACCUGGCGGUAUCUUGCUCUUGCUGCUGGGACUCUUGCUCCUUCUGUUGAUUCCCCUUCUGCUGCUCUUCUGCCUGUGUGGAAAUGCCGCAAGAGAUUUUAAGGCUAUUCCCUUCGAGGCGAACGAACAUCUCAUCUCAUAUCACACCGAGGGACAGGGGGAAGACAAGGAUGUUCCUCUUGUCCAAGUUCCAUUGGAUGUUGAUGGCAGCACCAUAAAUACAAAGAACAUCAACAUGUCUGGGGGAGCUGCGUACCUUGACAAUUUAGCUGGUGCUGGAAUGGGUGGGGGUGGAACCCUGACAGGAGAGGAGAUGUGGAUGGACAACAAAUACAACUACUACCAUGCAAACCAAGAUCAGAUGGGCUUCACGGGCGCAGGGACUAUGACGGGCCAAGAGAUGGGUUUCAUGGGCGCAGGGACUAUGACGGGCCGAGAGAUGGGUUUCAUGGGCGCAGGGACUAUGACGGGCCGAGAGAUGGGUUUCAUGGGCGCAGGGACUAUGACGGGCCGAGAGAUGAGCUUCUCCAAGCAAAGAUUGACAGCCUUCGAUGGAAUGGCCCUGCCAGAGCAUUAUCUGGGGCAAUACUAUUCAAUUAAAACAAGACAAGCUCCACAGCAAUAUCUGGAGAAGGACAAGGAAGUGAUCUAUCAAUACGAGGAAGACGACUCGCAGGGAGCUUCUGUGGGAUGCUGCAGCCUCCUUGAAAAUGAUAAUGAUCUUGCCUUCCUUAAUGACCUGGGGCCAAAAUUCAAAACCCUGGCUGAAAUCUGCAAUGGAAAGUCCCUGGAGAGCACUUCGGUGGAUGUGGGACUUUCUAAUCUCUCGAAGGAAACCGUGUUCACUGCUAGGCCAUCCACCUCGACCCACACCCAGGUCCAUACCCACAAAGAGGUGAUUAGAGACAGAGAGCCUGUCAAUGUCAACACCCUCAGUACCUUCAACAAAGCAUCUGGGUCUUCUACCCUCAUCCAAGAGGAGCGGAUUACUGAGCACGCCAAGGCUUCGGCAACGCUUCCUAAAGUCAAAGAGACAGUCGUCAUCCCUAACCAAACACUUCUCAUACAGCAGCCUGCUAUGUACUACGCAGCAGCUGCCCCCAUGUAUGUAGUUGAGUCAAAUCCCCAAAUGGUGCUUGUGUCAGGGGGAACUCAGCAGGUGGUUGGUCAGGUGAGUCAACCUGGGCUCAGUCAAGGAUUAAUACAAGUUGGAGGCCUCCCAAGUUCUCAGGGUGUGGUGCUGGUUGAAGGGCAAGUGGGAGUGAAUGGAGUGUCUGGGCAGAUGGCACAGGGCUCCUCACUGGGAGCCGUCUCAACUACAAACACUCAGGUGUUUGUAGUUGAGAAUGGAUCUUCCGGUGGAAAGCACAGCACACAAUACUUGCAGAGCUCUGCUCAUGUACCACAGAGGCCUUCACAGGCAGGAUUUGAGGUGGGAGGAAAAGGAGUUCAGGUGAAGUCAUUUUCUGCGGGCUCCCGUGGUUCUGCAGGAUCAAAAGAAGACUUUACACUCGCAACCACACCCAGGCUCCAAGGAGGCCAGAGGGUUGUUGUUCAGCAUAAAAAGGUCUCUGUGACUGAGAGAAAUGUCGAGUCAAACACAUAAAUUACUGCCUUGUUUUGCUUAUCGGCUGAGGUCACACAUGUAUAUGCUUGUUAAGAAAUGCACUACAGCAUAGAGAGAUUUGGGUAAGACUUCAAACUGCUUGGCCUUUGGCUUUAUUCAAAUACUGACUGCGUUUACACAUGAAAACACCUAAGUGUUAAGAGUUCCAUGAAUGCAUUAACUGACUUCUUUGAUGCAUAAUUUUCUUCACCCCCCAUUGAGUGAAAGUAUGAUAUUAUACAUGCCAUACAAUAGCACUGAGAAGCCUAUGUUUAUUUUAGGUAAAGAACAAGUCAAGAAAAAAAAAAAACAUUUUUAAAAAGUUUUACAUUUAUGACUUAAUGUCUGUUGUAACAGGCAGAGUUGCAUCACUUCUUAUUUUAUCUGAAGGUGUAAUUUUCCUGGAAAAA